GCCAUGUCCAUGCUUCUGAGACGGCUCUCGAGUCUCGGACUUGGGAAACAUGUGUCCGUGAGAUCCUCUCUUCUUCUAUUUUUCUCCAAAGGAUUCUCAACUACAUUGCUGCAAACCCCUCCUUGUGAAAUCAUGUUUGCUGAGCCUUGUGGAGGGGAUCUCGGAAAACUUGUGGUUAUGAAUUUCAAUGAACUCGAGUGCACCGAAUUGGAGAAGAAGGUACCUCUGGAGUUAGUGAAUGAUAAAGGCACAAAGAUAACGAUAGGGGCAUCCCAUGGCUGGAUAGCUACUAUGAAGGAAGAUGGAAUCCUGCGUCUACAGGACGAUCUAAUCCCAGUUGAAUCUAAUUCAGGUCCGAGACGCAUCCCACUGCCUCCUCUUGUAACUCUGCCUCAUUGCCAAACUCAAAUCAUCACCAACGUGUCAAUGUCAUCAUCUUCGCCAGAGGAUGAUGAGGACUGUGUCGUGGCUGUCAAGUUCUUGGGUCCCCAGCUCAGCUUUUGCAAACCCGCCGCUAAGAGUAGUAAACCAGGGUGGACCAACAUCAAGAUCGAAAACCCCUGCUUCUACUCAUCCCGUGUCAUGUUUUCCAAGAAAGACAACAUGUUUCGCAUCCCCGGAUCUGGAGGCCAUCUCAUCGGUUCAUGGGAUCCCUACAGACCCAAUAAUAACCCCACGUUUCAGCGCUUGCGGUUUACAAACAUGCCCAAGCUGACCAAGGCUAAACAGAAUCUUAUGGAUAUGUGCUGCAGGAGCGAGCACUUGGUGGAGUCACUACCCACCGGUGAAACUUUCUUGGUCAAGUGGUACAAGAAGACAACCAAGAUCGCCAAGGGUGGUAUUGCUAGAAUGAGAACCAAAGCUUUAAUGGUGUUCAAGAUAGACGAUGAAGGAAAUGCUGUUUACACUCAUGACAUAGGAGAUCUCAACAUGUUCCUCUCAAUGUCUGAACCUUUCUGUGUCUCUGCUACUUCCUUUCCUGGCUUGUAUGCUAACUAUGUCGCAAUCAUUGAUUUCGACGAAUCAGGUUAUGUCAUUUUGGAGUCCUGCGCUAUCAAGAGCAGCUCUUCACGUUGUUGGGCCCCUUACCACAUUCCACCACAAAAUAUUGUCGAGUCUUAGUUUUGGAUUC